AUGAAAGGCGUCUGGCUGCUGUUGGUGCUUGUGGCUGCGGCCAAAGCUGAGAAGGUCUUCACUGGAGAUCAGGUCAUCAGGAUCAGUGCGCAGUCUGAGGAGCAGAUCCAACUCCUGCAGGCUCUGCAGGCUCAGGAGGAGUGGGAGCUGGACUUCUGGCUGGAUCCGGUCUCCGCUGAGCUCCCCGUCGACAUCCGAGUGCCCCGCUCCAGUUUGAGCCAUGUGACCGAGUACCUGGGUGCCCACAGCAUCCCCUACUCUGUCACUAUAAACAACCUGCAGGAGCUUCUCGAUGCAGAGAAAACUGAGAUGAAGAGGAACCAGAUGAGGGAGCGCAGAACCUCGAGCUUCAACUUUGGAGCCUUUCAUUCCCUGGAGACAAUCUACAGCUGGAUGGACACUCUGGUGGCUCAGCACCCUAACCUGGUCACCAAGCAGGAAAUCGGGAGAUCGUAUGAGAACAGGCCCAUGUAUGUGCUCAAGUUCAGCACCGGAGGAAAGAACCGUCCUGCUAUCUGGAUCGACACAGGUAUCCACGCCAGAGAAUGGGUGUCUCAGGCUACCGGAGUGUGGACAGCCAACAAGAUCGCCACUGAUUACGGUGUCGACGGUUCCGUGACCUCCCUUCUGAACAAGAUGGACAUUUACAUGCUGAUCCUGGCCAACCCCGACGGCUACGUUUACUCCCACACCAACAACCGUAUGUGGCGUAAGACCCGCUCCAAGAACCCGGGCUCUGCGUGCCGUGGAGUCGAUCCCAACAGGAACUGGGAUGCAGGCUUUGGUGGCGUGGGUUCCAGUAGUAACCCCUGCUCUGAUUCCUACCACGGCCCCGUGGUUCACUCUGAGAUUGAGGUGAAAAACGUGGUGAACCUGAUACAGAGCCACCGCAACUUCAGGUCCUUUAUCUCCGUCCACGCCUACUCCCAGCUGCUCAUGUACCCCUACGGCUACCACUGCGGGAACGUGUCCGAUCAGCCUGAGCUGGACUCUCUUGCCAGAGCAGCAGUGCAGAAACUCACUUCCCUCUAUGGUACCACAUACAAGGUUGGAAGCAUCUGCAACAUCAUCUAUCCAGCCACUGGUGGCAGCAUUGACUGGACCUACAACCAGGGCAUCAAGUACUCCUUUGCCUUCGAGCUGAGGGACACCGGUCGCUAUGGUUUCAUUUUGCCAGCCAAUCAGAUCAUCCCCACCGCCUCCGAGACCUGGCUCGCUCUGAAACACAUCAUGGAGCAUGUCCGUGACCACAGUUAUUGA